GUGUGACCGUGCACAUCACGUGCAGCUGGGCAACCGUGUGUUUUGUUACAUCAUGAAUAUAGAGGCUGGAGAAAACAGAGGACCUGGUAUUCCAGCUCUGCUCACAGAUUCCACAUCUUCACAGAGAUACAGAGAGCAUCUUGAGAAGAUGGGCAUCUUCGAUGGACGUUACCGGGUACAGAAGCUCUCAGAUUGCACUGUAGCCAUACCAGUACUCAAAGAAAAGCUCAGUUCAUGUAUCUUGGAAGAACUAACAACAGUUGUUGCACCUGGAAGUUCCUGCAGGGAAACUUUGAUAAUGAAUCCUGUGCUGUCCAAGCGUGCCCGGAUUCAGUCUCCAGCCCAGAAGUUGCGUAUAGAUCUUUGUGAGCUUUUAGAAAGCCACGGUGUGGCUUGGCCACGUGACCUUGAACGUGACUUACCUCAUUCAUGGCAGAAGCAUGGGGAUUUAAUUGUAUUCAGUGAGAACUGCUUCAAUGAUACUUUGUGGAAACAACAAGGUCCUGAGCUUUGGAUAAAUGUGGCAUCUUCGCUUGGAGUUAGACGCUUAGCGAAGGAAGGCUGCAUUCAGGAUGAUGGUGUGAGAUCCCCUACCGUCACUCUGCUGCUUGGGGAUAGUGGAUGGGUGGAGCACAUUGACAAUGGCAUCAGAUACACUUUUGAUGUCACCAAAUGCAUGUUCUCAGCAGGGAACAUAUCAGAGAAGCAGAGAGUGGCAUCCCUCUGUUGUUCUGGGGAGAUAGUGGCGGAUCUUUAUGCAGGCAUUGGAUACUUCACAUUGCCGUACCUGGUCCACGCUGGUGCUGCUUUUGUCCACGCUUGUGAGUGGAAUCCCCACGCUGUGAAAGCAUUAAAACAAAACCUGGAACUCAACAGAGUUUCUGAGAAAUGCCUGAUUCAUGAGGGUGAUAACAGGCAGUUGAAACUACAAGAUGUGGCUGACAGAGUAAAUUUGGGCCUUAUCCCCUCAUCGGAACCUGGUUAUGAAGUGGCCUGUAGAGUUUUGAAGAAGGAUACUGGAGGAAUACUGCACAUCCACCACAAUGUGAACAGCUUUAUUAGACAUGCAGGACUUAAUAUGAAUGGUACGAAAGAGGAUGUUAUUAAAUGGAAGAAUAUGGCUUGGAAGGAAUGGGCAGAGGCAACUGAAUCUCAGAUUCGUGCUAUUCUAAUGAAAGUCAGCGGGAGCCCAUGGCACACACAAAUUUUACAUUUGGAGAAAGUGAAGUCCUAUGCGCCAUAUAUAGACCAUGUUGUUUUAGAUCUUGAUUGUCGACCAUUGCAUGAAAUGUGAACGGUAACUAUAUUUAAAUAAAUUUGAGAAAACAA